AUGUCCACCGAGAAGGCGCAAGAUUAUCAACUGGAGAAUGCUCCUCCAGAAGGCGCUCGGUACGUUCAUAUCGACCCAGCCGUCGAGAAGCGUGUGGUUCGCAAACUGGACUGGAAUUUCGUGCCGCUAGUGGCGGCCCUUUACCUGGUCUCGUUCUUAGACCGAUCAAACAUAGGAAAUGCUGAGACAGCGGGCAUGAGCAAGGAUCUCCAUGAAACCAACGCCCAGUAUCAGUGGCUUCUCACCAUCUUUUACAUUCCGUAUAUAUUCUUGGAGUGGAUGGCGCUGAUGUGGAAAAUCGUGCCACCACACAUAUGGGCUUUCGGAACGGUUUUUGUCUGGGGCCUUGCGUCUGUUCUUCAAUCCACUGCAUUCAACUGGCAAGGCAUGAUGGCCUGCCGAUUCUUCCUUGCAGCUGCAGAAGCUGGUUUUUCCCCAGGAAUUCCGUACUUGCUAUCAUUCUUCUAUUUGCGGAAAGAGAUUGGUUUGCGCAUCGGUGUAUUUCUCUCGGCGGCUCCACUUGCUACUUGUUUUGCGGGAGCAUUGGCAUUCGGCAUCACAUCAGGCCGACUUGAUUUACCGAGCUGGAGAUUCAUGUUCAUAGUGGAGGGCAUACCAGCACUUAUCUUGGCUGUCGUUGCAUUUUUCUUCCUCCCUGAUUGCCCGGAGAAAGCGAGGUUUUUGACCAAAGAUGAGAAGGAGGUAGCACGGGCAAGAGCAAUUCGGCAAGUUGGUGAGGAAGGGGGAGCCAGAAUUGGAUCUCUCAACCUAAAAGAAGUUGGAGAAGCAUUGUUGGAUCCGAAAAAUUGGCUGAUAGCAUUGAUGUUUUUUUGUUGUAAUGUGUCUUUCUCCUCUCUUCCUGUAUUCACCCCUAUGAUUCUCAAGGAAAUGGGAUUUUCCGCUUUAGAUGCUCAGGGUCUCAGUGCACCGCCGUACUUUCUUUCUUUCGUGAUGUGCAAUGUCACGACAUGGAUCGCGGACCGUACCCAGCAGCGUGGCCUAGUCAUAAUGACGCUUUGUAUCCUAGGUGGAAUCGGCUAUGCCCUUCUAGCUACAUGCAGAGCCGUUGAGGCCCGGUACGCCGGUAUAUUCCUCGCUGCCGCCGGAAUAUUCCCCGCGAUCUCUAAUAUUUUCCCCUGGGUCCUCAAUAACCAGGGAACUGACACUAAGCGUGGUGUUGGCUUUGCUCUGCUGCAACUGGUUGGUCAGUGCGGCCCUAUCUUAGGCACCCGGCUAUACCCUUCUAGUGAGGGCCCUCUUUUUAUCAAGGGCCAGUGGAUUUGUGCUGCAUUCAUGUUCUUCUGUGCAUUGUUAGCGAUCUCGCUUAGGACAUACCUUGACUGGCAGAAUAAGUAUUUUGAGAAGAAAGAGACCGAGAUUAUCGGAGCCGCAGAUAUUGACAGAAAGCGGGAUAAUCUGGCUGUUGAGAACGAAGGAUAUGGGUUCAGGAAUGUCUUGUGA